GUGACAGGUAGCAGAUCGCCAGCCACGACGGCCCGUUCGAAACUUGUGAAGAUGGAGACGCCCGAAGAGGACUUGGACCCGCUCUGGAAAGAGCUCGAUUGGUAUGUACAUGCACUCCCGGCAAUCGGGGCCUGCUUUUUUAUGGGAUUCGAUGGGACAGAAGUAACCCCACAGAUUCGUACUUUGAUAGAAGAUCAUCAUUUAGGUGCUAUUCUAUUGACAACCAAGAAUUUGAAAUCUGCACAACAAACCGCAAGUCUUGUUCAAGAAUUACAAGCAAUCGCCCAUAAUGCUGGUCAUCCAGUUCCUUUGCUCAUUGCCUUAGACCAGGAAAAUGGCGGGGUCAAUAGCCUCUUCGAUGAUGACUAUAUCUGCCAGUUCCCUAGCGCUAUGGGGGUUGCGGCAACUGGAAGCCCCGAAAUAGCAUAUGAAGUCGCCAAUGCUACAGGCAAAGAGCUAAAUGCUGUCGGGAUUAACAUGAUCAUGGGCCCCGUAUUGGAUGUCUUGACGAAUGCUCGAUAUCAGCCUUUAGGUGUUAGAGCUACUGGAGAUGAUCCUCAAGAGGUAUCUCAAUAUGGGAUUGCUGCCAUGAACGGCUACAAAGAUGCCGGAAUUGUCACGUGUGGAAAGCAUUUUCCUUCAUACGGUAACCUGGACUUCUUGGGAUCAUCACUUGAUAUGCCUAUCAUCACUGAGACACUUGAGCAACUGAGUCUUGGCGCCCUGGUUCCUUUCCGAAACGCAAUCAGAGAAGGACUGGAUGCAAUGAUGGUUGGCGGUUGCGCAAUAGCUAAUGCUGGUAUGAAUGUUAUGCACGCUUGCUUGAGUGAUCAAGUUGUGGAUGACUUACUAAGAAAUGACUUGGGAUUCAAUGGCGUCACGAUAUCAGAAUGCCUAGAAAUGGACGCUCUCAGCCACGAUAUCGGCGUGAGAGGUGGUACUGUCAUGGCAGUGGAAGCAGGCUGUGAUCUCGUGUUACUCUGCCGCUCGUUCACAGUCCAAUUAGAAGCCAUCUCUGGCCUAAAACUCGGAAUUGAAAAUGGUAUGAUCUCAAGAGAGAGAAUACAAAUCUCUCUCAGGCGAAUGCUAAACUUGAAGUCAAAAUGUACUUCAUGGGAAAAGGCUCUCAACCCCGAAGGGGUCAAUUACCUGGCAACCUUACACCCUGGUCACUUGGCCCUAUCAACAAAAGCUUACGACAAAUCGAUAACAAUCAUGAGAGACAAAGGUCACCUUUUACCUCUUUCAAAUACUCUAUACCCGGAUGAAGAACUAUUACUUCUAACACCAUUGGUCAAGCCUUUACCAGCUUCAGCUGCGACAAAAGCAGUAGCCGAUGGACCAGGCAUUCCAUCGGAACACGAUAAAUGGGUGCAUAGAUCAUCCAUCAUGAGCGGAGAAGGCGUGUUUCGAGAGCUAGGAAGAUCAUUGGCACGGCAAAGACACGGAAAAUUACUACAUACUUCGUACACGGCCAACGGAGUCCGGCCAGUUCACGAAAAUCUGAUCAAUAGAGCGGCUGCGAUUAUUAUCAUCACAGCAGAUGCUAACCGUAAUUUGUACCAAAAUGGAUUCACGAAGCAUGUGGCAAUGAUGUGCUCGAUGCUAUCUGCUGGCGGGAAGAAGAAGUCACUAAUUGUGGUUUCUGUCAGCUCGCCGUAUGAUUUUGCUAUGGACAAAGCAAUUGGAACAUAUGUCUGCACUUUUGACUUUACUGAAACAGCUAUGAGCGCACUGGUCAGAGCCCUGUUUGGAGAGUUUGUUCCACAAGGCACCCUACCAGGCACACUGCGUAAGAGUAGAAAAGUUCAAAAGUCAAGACAACAUUGGCUGGUCGAGAGCUGGAACAGAGAUCGCGAUCACCGAGGUCUGCUAGCUCUCAUCAAAACAAUGGAGAAGACAUCACCGCCAAACCAAAUAUGCGCAUUAUCAGGUGCAACAGCUGGAUCGUUCGAAUUGUCCAAUCCUUCGGAAUCCGGUGAACCAAUUGAAGAGUCCCACUACGUAGUCCGCAACAGCAGCACCCAAGCUCUCUUCGGCUUCUGCUCCACCUACUUCUACGCCUCCACCGGUAUGAUCGGCUCCCUUUUCGUCGACCCUGCGAAACGCAACCUCUCCAUCGGUCACUCACUGCACCAACGUGCCGUCCGCGGGCUGGUCCAAAAACCCGGCAUCAAGAAAUUGCAACUCGGUUCCGGACUCCCCGGUAUCUACCUAGGGAUCCCCAUGAGCGAUUUAUCAGAGGGCGCGCGCUUGAAGCGCUGGUUUGCCAACAACGGAUGGGAUAUCCUGGGACCGAGAUUAUUGUACACUCUGACGAUUCGUAAUUUGUCGCAUUGGCAGCCGCCCGAGGGCCUGCUGCAGAGUAUUCAGCGGGUGAGCUUCGCGUUUGAUCUGAUCCACGGGAGCGAGAACUCGGAGACGGUGCUGGAGCACGUGCGGUGCAAUGCUGGGCCCGAAGUCCUCGAGCUGUAUCGGCUUGCGCUUGAGGAUCACAAGGCGUGCGGGAUCGUGAGGGCGAAAUCACCGGUCGAUGGCGCGCUUGUGGGGACCGUUAUCAUCUGUCGGCAGGAAACACCGCUUGCGACGUACUUGCCUGUGCUGCAAGCAGCGGGCGAUACUGUGGGUGGGAUCUUGGCGCCUGUUGUGCCUAGUAGUCCGCAGGCAGCGAUUGUGCUGCAGGGCCUGGCGCUGUUGGGCAUCAAGCAGAAUAAAGCGCAUAGGGCGAGUACGUGUGUGUUGAACUGGGUGGCGGGUGAGGAGCGGGAUACGCUGUUGGGGAUGGGUUUUGAUGUUUUAGAUGCAUUUGAAGAACUGAGUUGUAGCCCGGAGACGGUAAGUUUUUAUUCCUCAAGCAGCAGAAAAGGUGUAUAG